ACCUCAAGUCUCGAUUACAUACAUGAGAUAGACAUGAGGAUUUAUGUGAAACGAAACAUUUCCAGACGCAUCUAUUCCUUGAAAUACAAGCCAUGGUCGACGUGUCGAGAUAUUCUAGUGACCUGAGUCCCAGAGACGUGGCCAUCAUCAGAGAGGUCUACGACAAUGACAAUUGCGAGGAAAUCUUCCAAAUGGAACUGGAGAAGGCUCUUCAAGUGGGUUGUCGAACCAUCGUCAUCGAGCCCUCUAGUUUGGGAAGAAACAUCACCUGGUGGGUAUCUCUAGGACGUGUGAUCAAGAAAGUCUCCUUAGGGUCUGGUUUGGCCACUUUUAUCAUGGGUCAAGGGUUCUCCGAUUGGCCAAUUUUGACGUUUCCCUUGGGACUCACUUCGGUAUUCUGUUGGGGAUUGUAUUAUUUGAAUUGGCAAAGCGAUCCAUGUAGUCAGUACCAGGUCGAAAUAAAAAAGAAGAACUUGUCUCGAACCUCUCUCAACACCAUCACAUCCUUGCAAACCAUCAAAGGCCCAGUCAUUCUCAUCAAAAAUCCAUCUAGGACUGGUAAUCUUGUCACUUGUACUCUAGCUCUCUCUGCUUUGGGAUUUUCAAUUUGGAAGUUGAAAUCCAGUUGAUGUCUUGUAAUAAACUUGACAACUAAUAAAAUUAGUCAAAUGA